UCAAAGCAACAAUUAAAUAUUCAUUUCAUUGUCUCUAUCACAUUUAUAUUUCCAUCAUCCACUUUCCCAUUCACCUUUCACUUUCCAUUCUUUCUUUAUAUCCAUUUUUUAUUCCCUUUUUGCCCAUUAUUAUUUCCUCUCACUCCUUCAUUUUCAUCCAUGUACGUUCUUACUAGAACAAAACCGAUCAUGUUUGACAUGAUAUAAAAGAGGAUAAAAAAGGAAUAUCCCAUCCCAUGCUAUGCUAGGCUAUACUACGCUAUGAUGGAGGAAGUUCCGGGAGCGUUUGGCACCAGCGCUAGUUUGUCUCUUCGUUUGGGUCAAACCGUUUUCUCUUCUGCUUCUCUUUGCUUCAUGUGCUUGGACGUUGGUUUCUACUCCUUCACUUCUUUCUCGUUCUUGGUAACAGUAAUGGGUUUGGCAAUUCCCUGGAGCAUAACAUUAUUCUUGGUAGAUGCUUACGCCGUCUUCAUACAAUGUUUGCCGAUUCAACGAAGGCUCAUAAUGAUAAUCGUUUUCGGAGACAUGGUUAUGUCUUAUCUCUCGUUAGCUGCAGCAUGUUCUGCAGCAAGUGUGACAGAUCUUCUGCAUGAAGCUGGUAGAUCACAUUGCCCUGAAAAGUUAUGUGGUAGAUAUCAAUUGUCUGCGGCUAUGGCAUUUUUGUCUUGGUUUCUUUCAUCAGCUUCAUGUCUUUUUAAUUUUUGGAUUUUACCUUCUCUGUAAGAAUAUUUAUUAUCUUGCUUAUUGUUGAUACAAGAUACAUGUACAUGAAUGAAAAGGGUGCAAAUGACAAAGUCAUUUCCUCUUGAGCAUAUAUUUUUGAUGUUCUUGUGAAUAGAAUUUUGGUACAAUAGUAAAAAAUGUAUUAGCUCUUUCACAUUAUAAGAACUCAAUAUAAUAUCAAUCAAGUGCUAUGAUGAAAUGAUGAUUGUUACAUAUAUUUUAAUACAGUUACUAGUAUGAACCGACAUAAUAAAAUAGAGUUUUUCUUGAAUAUAUUUAGUAAAACUAGUUGACAUCUUAUCCUAGUUGACAUCUUAUCCUACAUGUUAUUAACUAUUGAUUAUUGAAUCAAUAGCAAUAUGCAUAGCUUAAAUAAUGUAGCGGGACAUGACUUUCUUACAAGUAUCAUUUUCUGUUCACACACGUAGU